GGAGUUCGCCGAGUCUUGAAGUAUAAUCGUGCAUGCAUUUUUAAUUUUUGCUAAAUACCAGACUCUCUCUCUCUCUCUCUCUCUCUCCCUCUCCCCCCCUGUUUUUGUUUGCUUUGCAUGCACAUGAGUUGUUCGCUGCCUCUCACAUCGCCGAUUCAACUCAUCCCUCAUCGGAACUCAUCGUUUCAUCUCUCUCCUUUUCUCGAUUCUCUUCGAUAGUUUCUUUUCAAAAUUUGUCAGCUCGAGGUCUUCAAUAGUCCGCUAAUAGUAUCACAAAAUUUCGCCGCUGUUCCUUUUUCGCAACGAUAUUCAACGCCGGCGACGCGGAAGCUCCGGUUAUUUUCUUCCGAAGGGAUUAAAUUUGGAGCAUGGCGUUAAAGAGUUGCAUGAAUGGACUGUGCGGCGCUUCCACGUCGAUUGAGUGGAGAAAAGGCUGGGCUUUGCGAUCUGGUGAUUUUGCUAAUCUCUGCGAUAAGUGCGGGUCUGCAUAUGAACAAUCGGUAUUCUGUGACAUAUUUCACUCAAAGGAUUCAGGGUGGAGGGAAUGCACUUCAUGUGGCAAGCUUCUACACUGUGGAUGUAUUGCUUCCACGUGCUUGCUUGAGCUUCUUGAUAGUGGGGGCAUCAUCUGUAAAAGUUGUGCUAAAAACUCAGGAUUAAGCCCUAUGAUUGAAGAUGAAAAGCCUAAUGGAUUUGGUAUAGUGAAAGGUGAUACUGGUCAAUUGCACUCAAUCACAGCAGACAACCAAUUAAGUGGCGUUGGCAAUGAAAACCUAAGGCUUAUACAGUUGGACAACAAUGCAGAAAGCAUUGGACUGAGACAAUUGCUUCAGUUUCACAAUGAUGACCCAAGUAAGCCCUUGGGGCAAAUGAAACAGGAGGAAGUUUUUUCUUCUGCAGUAGACAUUGGAAGCACAUGCUUGUCAAAUACUAAUCAAACAUUGAAUGGAUCAGUUCAAGCUUUGAAACCCACCACUUCUAAAGCUAAUACUUCUGAGUCAUUGCCACAAACAAACUUAAGUAUUUCGUUGGGCAGUUCAUUAGGGAACCAAAAUGUCUUUCCUUGUUCCGUUGUAGAUGAAAAAGGCAAGAUGUCUUCAGUCUUGCAGCAGGCAUCAAAAUCUCUCCAUCUUCUACCCAAGCCACCAAAACCAGUGCUUGCAGCAGGUUUGGAGGUGAAUGCGAGCAUGGUACCCCAGAUACGUGUUGCUCGGCCUCCAGUAGAGGGACGGGGACGAAAUCAGUUGCUUCCUCGUUAUUGGCCGAGGAUUACUGACCAAGAAUUACAAAAAAUUUCUGGAGAUUCAAAUUCCACCAUUGUUCCACUGUUUGAAAAGGUUCUGAGUGCAAGUGAUGCUGGACGGAUUGGUCGUUUGGUUCUGCCAAAAGCAUGUGCUGAAGCUUAUUUUCCCCCCAUAUCUCAACCAGAGGGCCUUCCCCUAAGAAUUCAAGAUGUAAAGGGAAAAGAAUGGGUGUUUCAGUUCAGAUUCUGGCCUAAUAACAACAGCAGGAUGUAUGUUUUGGAGGGUGUGACUCCUUGCAUGAAGUCCAUGCAGUUGCAGGCUGGAGAUACUGUAACAUUUAGCCGCAUGGAACCAGAAGGGAACCUUGUUAUGGGGUUUCGUAAAGCAACAAACAAUGCUGCAGUGCAGGAAACCGUACCAUCUGCCAUUACUAAUGGCACUCUUUCAAGUGAAAGUUACUUUUCGGGUGUUUUUGAGAAUCUGCCUAUAAUUAGUGGUUACCCUGGCCUUCUUCAGUCACUAAAGGGAAGCACCGAUCCACACUUAAAUGCACUGUCAAAACAUUUGAGUUCAACUGUUGAUGAUAUUAGCUGGAAUAAAUCUGGGAAGCAUGAGGACAUGAUAAGGGAGGGAUUAUUACUACCGUCGAUGUUAACUCCAGAGAGAAAAAGAACACGGAAUAUUGGGUCCAAAAGCAAGAGAUUGUUGAUUGACAGUCAGGAUGCUUUGGAGCUGAAACUUACUUGGGAAGAAACACAGGAUUUGCUCCGCCCACCACCAAGUAUCAAGCCAAGCUUUGUCACGAUUGAGGAUCAUGAUUUUGAAGAAUAUGAUGAACCUCCAGUUUUUGGCAAGAGGAGUAUCUUUGCUGUCCUUUCAACCGGGGGACAAGAGCAAUGGGCUCAGUGUGAUAGUUGUUCUAAAUGGAGAAGGUUGCCUGUUGAUCUUCUUCUUCCACCCAAAUGGACGUGUAUAGACAAUAACUGGGACCAAAGCAGGUCAUCAUGUUCUGCACCAAAUGAACUCACCCCAAGGGAGCUAGAAAAUCUUCUUAGAUUGAACCGAGAUUUCAAAAAAAGGAGAAUAGCAGCAUUCCAUAGGCCAACCCCCGAGAAUGAAUCAUCAUCUGGUUUGGAUGCUUUGGCCAAUGCUGCAAUCUUUGGAGACAAUGUAGAUAAUUCAGGCACAAUGUCAGGGGCGACUACAACUAAACACCCUAGGCACCGUCCCGGUUGCUCUUGCAUUGUAUGCAUCCAGCCACCGAGCGGGAAGGGAAAACACAAGCCAACAUGCACAUGCGUUGUGUGCAUGACGGUUAAACGUCGUUUUAAAACCCUCACUAUGCGCAAGAAGAAGCGUCAGUCGGAGCGUGAAGCAGAGAUGAUUGCUCAGAGGAACCAGCAAGCAUGGGGUACCCAUGAAGAAGCCGAAGUAGACAGCAGCUCAAAACAUUUAUCAUCAUCACAACCGAAUCCUUCCGAGAAUGAAGCAAGGUCGGUUAAUGAGUCAGAAUCCAAGAGUCAGAUCACCACCAAGUUGGUUGAAGCUAACAAGGGACAGAUAGACUUGAACUGUGAUCCUGACCGUGAGGAAUAUUCUCAAUUAGGUCCCAACCGUCUGAACAUGACGAGUCUUGUUCAAGUGGCAGCCCUUCCAUUGGAGACCUACCUGAAGGAGAAUGGUCUUACAAGCUUACUAAAUGAGCAGCAAGGGAACACGGUGUCAAAUGCUCCACCGCAGAGCACGAGUGGGACUGGGGAGGGUGAAACACAAGACGAUAGUUGUUUCCCUUCUGCCACCGAAGAACCCGAGAGUAGGGACAAAUAAAAUGGUGAUAGUGAGAACGACAAGGAUCCACAGUAAGGCACUUGCUGUUUCUGUUUGUUUUGUUUUUAGUUCUUUUUAAACCCCUUUGGUUUGGGGUUCUUUUCUCGUAUAAAAUCAAUAAGGCGUUUGGAAUUGGAGUUUUCAAUCCCCAAAUAUUUAUGUAUCACAACAAAAAUACCAUGAGUAUACUGUA